GAGGCAGUUACCGAGUCAGCUGACGAGACGACACCCUCAUUACGUGUGGCGCCGUCCCUCUCUUGGGGUGCAGUACUACGAAGCCGGUGAGGUCCAUCAAACCCCCAGAACUGAGCCUCUACUUCAGUCAAUUCUCUUUGGAUUCUCUCAACAGUUUUGUUUCCUUUUAAAAAUCUAGGAAAAAUGCAAAAAAACGUUCGCAGCACCUUAAACCUUUAUAAAUCAUUAAACAAUAAUAUAAUGAAGACAAAACGCAAAAACGCUCUAUUUUUUUAUAAAAAUGGAAUAACGUCAAUUUUGUCUAUAUAUGAGAGCAGAAAUUCAAAAUAGAAGUUUCGCGCCUUUCCUUGAAUUUUUAUUGGCGACAUCUCCCGGUAAUUUGACAAUUUCUCCGACGUCUCGCGGUAUUUUGAGAAAGCAUUCCAACAGCUGUUGAACCGAGUCUUGUCAAUAUAAUCUCCGUGGGUCUCUGUGGGAGGUUAGAACCCGAGUGUUCAACACUGCAUACAUUAUCUCAGCCGAUUGAAUCGAUUUACGAUUCUGAGAUUGGUCAUUAAAUACUCCAGGAGGAAUAUCACCAGUCAAGAUGGCGUUCGCUGGAUUAAAGAAACAAAUAAACAAAGCCAAUCAGUACAUGACAGAGAAAAUGGGUGGUGCAGAAGGCACAAAGCUCGACGUAGACUUCGUGGACAUGGAGAGAAAAACUGAUGUCACGGUUGAGCUCGUCGAAGAGCUCCAGAUGAAGACCAAGGAAUUUCUCCAGCCGAAUCCAACGGCUAGAGCUAAAAUGGCUGCUGUCAAGGGAAUUAGCAAGCUAAGUGGUCAGGCAAAGGCCUCAACUUAUCCACAACCCGAAGGUGUUCUCGGUGACUGUAUGCUGUUGUAUGGAAAGAAGAUGGGGGAGGACAGUAUAUUCGCACAAGCUUUGAUAGAAAUGGGGGAAGCGAUGAAGCAGAUGGCUGAUGUGAAGUAUUCCCUUGACGACAACAUAAAGCAGAACUUUUUGGAACCACUGCACCAUCUGCAGACCAAAGAUCUUAAAGAAGUCAUGCAUCAUCGGAAGAAACUUCAAGGUCGACGCUUGGACUUCGACUGCAAACGUAGACGUCAAGCAAAAGGUUCUCAUGUUUCAGACGAUGAAAUACGACAGGCUGAGGAGAAAUUCGCUGAGAGCCUCCAUCUUGCACAGAUGGGCAUGUUUAAUUUACUGGAGAACGAUAACGAGGUCGAGCAAGUGGCUCAGCUGGCGACCUUCAGUGAAGCUCUUCUUGAGUAUCAUCAACAGUGUACUGAAGUACUGAAGGUGUUAACUGAGACCCUUUUAGAAAAGAAAGACGAGGCAGCUAGCAGGCCAAAACUGGAAUUCGUCCCGAAGACACUGGCUGAUCUGAAUGUCGAAGGGCUACCACUCGACCAUAUGAACGGUGGGAACUUCUUUCCGCACGGGGCAAGUCGUUCUGGUUCUCCGGUCCCGAGUGAGAACAAGCGCUCACAACUCGAGCUCUUCCCCGCUGGUAAUCCGCCGACAUCUACUAAUGUAUCACCAUUACCAUCACCGAGCAAAUCACCAGCGAGAACACCGAUGCCUAAACAGCCCUGUUGCACAGCUCUUUAUGAUUUUGAGCCGGAAAAUCCUGGUGAACUUGGAUUCAAGGAAAACGACACAAUCACCCUAAUCCAGAAAAUCGACGAAAAUUGGUUCGAGGGAAGUGUGAAUGGUCGGACUGGCUAUUUCCCAGUCAGUUACGUCCAGGUGAUACAACCGUUGCCAUAGAUUCAUAAUUAAAAAACGUGCAAAGCCAAAGAUCCAGCAUUCGUUAAAUUUGCAUAUGGAUCAUUAGUUUGAAGAAAUGACGAGGAAUAAAAUAAUUGAUUAAUCUAAUAAGACCGAUGUGAGGAAGGAUAAAAGCUCUCCUGUAGCCUAAAUACUCUACCAUUCACAAUUUCACGUUUUAUGGUUUUCAAACAAAAGCUUAAACCAAUUUUACCCUCGUUUGAGCCUCGAGUAUUCAAAAAAAAUGAGAAAAAA